UCAUGUGCAAGAAAGCUGUGGAAUAUUGCGAAAAAGCCCUUCUCAAGCCCGUUAUCGAGAGUGGGAAGAGUGUGUACGAUGUGCGUGCAACCCCAGGAAACGAGAAAAAAUAUUACAAACUACGUGUUGGAGAUGUCGCGAAGUUCUUCAACAAGCCAGAAGUUAAGGCGCAGUUAGGUGUCACGAAAAAAUGGAGCGACACGAAUAUUGCAGUUUUGAAAGCCUUCCAUAAGUACGGCGCUUAUGAUACAACUGAGUUCGUCAAUCAUCUCCUCGAUGAAGGUCUGAAAGUGUUGGUUGUCCAUGGUGAGCAAGACUACAUCACUAAUGCCAUCGGAGCACUAAAUUGGAUGGUCACCUUGAAAGGAAUGUUCAACUACGGAGAUAUUCUGCAGAAAACUCCGUUCAAAACCAUCGAGUACAAGGUGUCCGGCGUAUUGGGAAAGAUCAAAUUUUCACAGUAUACAAACGGGGCGAAGCUGGCAUUCAUUAAGGUCAUCGAGGCAGGGCAUUCCUUCGCACUCAACCAGCCAAAGGGGAUACAGGCAGCUUUUGAGGCCUUCUUGUCGGGACAAAUCUAAGAGAGCUCAUCUCCGGCCUCUUCCGCCUUAUUUUUCCGUAGAAGAAACUUCUCUCAAUAAAGGCGCCUCAUCAUAUUUUAAUACGAGUUGAGAAGGGAUCAUAGCCCGGAUGUAAUCUGGCUGAUUUUGGCGAUAUCUAUAGAUUUCCAGCCUGAAUAGUGCUAUUUAUAUCAUAUUACCAAUAAUUCUGUGUAUACCCAAUACUCAGUGUAUUUUAUGAAACUCGACGACGUGGGAAUAUCGUCUCGUUUUCAUUCAUCAUGGUGUACACCAACUCUAUCACUGUUGGUCGAUACACGUCGCUGAGCUCGAGUAACGUGGGUGAUCUUCAUCGAUAAAGCUUU